GGCGUCGCGCUCAGUCGUAACUGGCCCUCGAUCGUGCGACAACGGAAACGGCACGCUUCGAAUUCGACGGACCGUUUACAGUGCUUAUGCGCACGGCGUACGGCUGCGCAUUGGGAACACGUUUUGAGACCUUAAAACGCUUAAAACGGGCCCCGUCGGAGAUAGUUUGGAACAGUGCUUAUCAGCUGCUCGGAAGCAUCUGUUUGUCUAUUUGAAGAGCAAAUCAAGAAUGACAUCAAGGAAACUAUGAAGCGUGAUUGGGAUGCAUGCAGUCUCUGAUAGUGCAACAAACAAGUCGAAUCUGUGGACCUCAGAGCAAGGUUGCGAUAGUGAAGUGAUCUGAUGCGAACAUCGAAUUUUCUGCCAAACGACAAACGAGAGAAAUUUGUUGGGUGAAGUGCGAUUAACAUAAAUUGCCCGAUGGCAUUGCUGAUCCAGUGAGUAGUGCGGCGUACUUUGUGAGCAACAGUUGAGAUUCGAUUAUGUCAUGUGUUUUCGUAUAUCUCGUUUUUUGCAUUAGUGCCCAUAUGAAACGUAAAUAGUGGUGGAAGCACGAAACCUGAAAGGUGAUUUGGAUCUGUUCUGUAUAGUGAGGAGUUCAUGGAGUGUUGAGAGCAAGAGAUAACCAAAUCAGACAAUCAAUAUGCGACAAGUUUGAACAAUUCAAACUUUGUGAGGCAUCCCAUUGAACGGCCGUUGCUCAUCCAGCCAACAUCAACGCCAUGGGUAAAUCAGUUUACACAAUCAACGCAGAUAGUCCCAGCGUGAAUGGGACAGCGACCAUGGAGACAAAAAAUGGAGUCACCAAGGCGGCGGUCAAAGAUGAACCAAAACCGGAAGCGGGAAAAUUCCGAACGGUCCUGCCCCAGAUACUGGCAAGUACGGCCAAAAAUUUUCUUCUGUUGGAUUUAGGAAUGGCGGUUGCUCUGCCGACUAUUGUGAUACCAGCGUUGCGCGGUUUGAAAAAUCGUGCUCCUGACGAGUUUCUGCACUUCACACCAGUGCAGGCGUCAUGGUUCGGAAGUGUAGCUUAUAUUUGUCAACCAGUGGGCAGUAUUCUAUCAGGAAUAGUACUGGAGCCUUUGGGGCGCAAACGGUCUAUGAUUUUAGUCAACAUACCUCACAUAAUUGCAUGGUUAAUGUUAUACCGAGCUGGUUCGUUAGAGGAGAUGUACAUAGCUGCAAUUCUGCUUGGACUGGGCGUUGGAUUCAUGGAAGCACCAAUCGUUACCUAUGUAGGAGAAAUAUGUCAACCAUCUAUAAGAGGCAUCCUAACAUCUUGCGCAGGUGUAGCUGUGAUGUUGGGUUUCUUCGUCGUGUUUCUCCUAGGAACGUUCACAACGUGGCGGAUAACUGCCGCAAUAUGCGUUUCCGUGCCACUAUUGACGAUGAUAGCAAUCUGCUUCGUACCGGAAACUCCCAUGUGGCUACUAUCUAAAAAUCGUAAUGACGAUGCCCGCAAAUCGCUCCAAUGGCUGAGAGGUUGGGUCUCACCAGAAGCUGUGGAAAAGGAGUUCCAGGAUAUGCAACGCUACAACAGAACUGCAGCCCAGUGCACCCCUUGCCAAAAGACCCAAAACCCAAAAUGUGAGCAUCCGCCACCAAGCGAGUGGAUGAAGCUAAAGGAGCUAAUGAGGAAACGAAAUUUGCGACCAUUUGCUUUAGUUAUGCUCCUGUUUGUGUUUGGUCAGUUGAGUGGAUUAACGGGAAUGCGACCCUAUCUGGUGCAGAUAUUCCAAGCGUACGGCGUGCCAUUGGAUGCAAACUGGGCCACGGUGUCGACAGCCUUACUGGGUCUGGCUGCGAACAUAGUUUGCAUGGUGAGCAUCAAGUUUGUCGGCAAACGUAGGUUGGCCUUGUUCUCGUUUGUCCUCACAUCGUUGUCGUGUCUUUCAUUGGCUGUUUAUGCUUACAACGUGUUUCCACCUGGAUGGUCAUCAUCGGACGCCCAUACCAGCGUCAACACAGCCAAUGGCUUGAACUAUUUGGCCAUGUUUCUGUUCUUUACGUUGGCUUUUGCAACUAGUGUCGGUGUGCAUCCGGUGCCGUGGAUUCUGCUAAGCGAGGUGUUCCCUUUCAAAAAUCGCAGCCUGGCUUGUGCAAUCACUGCUGCCCUCAACUACACCAUGACAUUCGUAACAACUAAAACCUAUUUCAACCUGGAGAGUUCCUUCUCCCUACCGGGAGUUAUUCUAUUCUACGGCAUAUGCGGAUCCAUAGGCGUUCUCUUUGUCUAUUUCUUUUUACCCGAAACGGAGAAACGAACUCUGGAAGACAUCGAAUUGUACUUUUCCGACAACAGUAGGAAGCUGACGGAUAUCCAUAUCGAACGAUAUCAUAAGAAAAAGGCUGUCAUCGUGGACCCUGACUCGAAGCCGAAGCAGGGCAUUGACAAUGUAGCUUACUCGGAGUGUGAAAAAUGAAUCUCUUCUCGUCAAAUCGGAUUAAAUUAUUUUACAGCUACAAGCUAGAUAUUUUAUAUAGUCCUAAGUUGCCAUAAGUGGAAUAAAAAUAAAAGAUUUCAUUCAAA